UACUAUAAACAGAGAUUCACAGCUAUGUAUUUCUGUUCAGUUUGCUUCAAAUCUUUCUCUUCUUAAUUUAAUUCAAUUUAUCAGUCAUGAUGGAAACCGCUAUCAGUACCAUCUCCGUCGUCGUUUUAGAGGUUGAGUUGCAUUGUGAAGGAUGCUCUUCUAAUAUUAUCGCUCACGCUCGCACCUUCAAAGGUGUAGAGAAUGUGACAGCAGAUAUAAAUUCAAACAAGUUGACUGUGGAAGGUAAAUUGGACUCCUUGGAGAUUCAAGAAUAUCUCCGCCUGAAGAUCAAGAAGAAUGUCAGCAUUGUCUCUGCUCAGCCCCGGAUUUGUGACACCGCCGCUGACGGCAACAGAGAUGACAGGAUAUCGUUUGAGAAACAGUCCUUGGAGAGAACAAUUGUUGUGGUCAAGCUGGGACACAACUGCCAGGGAUGCGGCCCGAAGAUUAGAAAGAUCGUCGAAGACACAAUUGGUGUGCAAGAGAUGUCAGAGGAUGAACAGAAGGAAACAGUGACAAUCAAAGGGACCAUGGACCCAAUGGUGUUAAUUGAGAAUCUGAAGGAGAGACUGAAUAUACCUAUUGAGAUCUUGUCAAUUGAAAAAGAGAAAUACAGCAAUGGAAGUGUCAAAGGCAGUGGGUUCGGCAGUGAUGAUGGAAAGAAGAAGAAAGGUAGUGGCGGGCAAGAGAAUGGGAUUAAUGGUAUUGAGAUGGAAGAAAGCAUAAUGAAGUUGGGACCAGAAAAGGCUUCAGCAACAGCGACAUUAUUCAAGGUGCCACUCCAUUGUGAUGGAUGCAUCAGGAAGAUCCGUAAAAUUAUCCGCAGAAUCAGAGGAGUACAGCAGGUAAUAGUUAUUAAGGGGGAUGAAACUAUAGCAGUCAAAGCAACCAUUGAUGUGAAGGUACUAACAGUGACCAUGAAGAAAAGAUUAAAGAAACUUGUUGAGGAGAGGAAGAUAAAGAUACUAAAGGAAGGAGUAAUAAUAGCUGAAGGCCAGUCUUUAACGAUAGAUCAUAAACAAGAAAGCAGCACACAGGCAACUCUUCAAUUAUCAGAACCAGAGAUUAUUCAAAUAUUUGCUGUUCAGGAUUUGAAUGAAGGCUGGAGCCAGGGUCAAAGUCCUGUUACAUCCAGAAAUGCUUGCACUAAAAUUGAUCCAGAAACUGGAGAGAGUUCACCUUCAAGUGUUGAAACAACAGAGUGGAGUCUUUUGAUUGGGAGCCUGCUUCUAGAGGGUGUCUCAGCUCUUCUCGACCAGCUUGGUUAUCUGUUAGUAGGCAUGGUACUGUCAUUUGUGGGUUUAUUUAUUUCUACACUUGAGCUAGUUAAUAUGGCUCGUAGAGAAGGACUUAUCACAUUGGAAAGGGGCCGGUCAACUUGUUCUUGUUUUUGUUGUCGCUCGACUGAUACUUCCCCACCUAGCGAACUUUUUGUAAUUGUUCAUAUUUUUGGAUUAGCCUGUGCUGUCUGGCAGUGCAUUUACUCAAUAGUGCAGUAUAUAUAUACCCUUCACAAUUUAGAUAACCCUAUCAAAAUGUCCCUUCUACCUUUCAUCUUCUUCUUGUGUGUGCUUAUCUCCAAAAAAAUCAGAAAGAUGGAGGAGGUCAAUUGUCAAGAGACCAGAGCAAGGGCUGAAAUUCAGCAUCACUCUGAUCUCAGUCAAUUUGGAGAUGCAAGUUUAUCAUCGAUGGAGCUUGGAUCUGUGGAUCAUAGACAAGAGUUGACUAGGAAGAUAGAGCAGAAUGUUCAAAUGUCAAAGAGAAUGGAGACUAAAAUUGAGGUCCAAUCAAAUCCUAGCGAACCUGUUGAUCAUGUGUCUCCCAUAGAGUUUGUAUCUGAUGAUUUUGGAUGCUCACAUUAUAGAAGCAGAUGCAAAAUUAGAGCACCUUGUUGCAAUGGCACUUUUGAUUGUUGGCACCGCCAUGAUGAAGCCAAGAAUGCAAUGGAAACUAAUCUUUGUGAUAAACACUGUAUACCAAGCCAUGAAGUCAUAAAGGUUAUCUGCUCCCUUUGUGGCACAGAACAAGAUGUUCAGCAGAAUUGCAUUAGAUGUGGUGUUUGUAUGGGAAAGUACUUUUGUGCAAAGUGCAAAUUGUUCGACAAUGAUGUUUCAAAGAAUCAAUACCAUUGUGAUGAAUGUGAAAUUUGCAGAAAUGGAGGGAGGGAAAAUUUCUUCCAUUGUAACAAAUGUGGUAUGAGGAUCUUGCCAUCCAAAGUUAAACGACGAUGCACACUAUUGUAUGGAAAAGGCAAUGCACUGAGAUUGACCUUCAUUUUUUCAAGGUUGCUGACAGAAUAUGUUGGGAUAAAAUAUUAAUUCUAGUUGGUCUGCAUCACCAACGCAGUGAUAUUAUAAAUUUUACCACUUUAGUAUAUAAAUAAAUGAAGCAAAAAGGAGCAGAGGUGUGUUUUUUUUUUUUUUUUUCCCCAUAUCAAUACAUUGCCAAGUUGUCUCGAUAUUUUCCCUAACCUUCGUAAUUUCAUUUGUUUAUUUCAUUUCAAAUUAUGAUAGAAUCUUAGGGGUUUUGUUGACUGGGUGAAGCAUUAAAAAUUCGAUUGCUGGGUUGUGGGGCAAUGUUUUGCUUGUCCACCAACUGAAAAUUAUAUUCAUUAUUUUUGUUGAAGGGAGAAAGCUCAAGAAAGCUAUGUAUGAA